CCCCUUGGCCGGCUGGGCAGUCCUGCUCUCCAGCCUGAGCUCUGAGACAAGGUCCAGGUGCCAGCUGAGAGGAGCCCGUGGGGACGCCCGUGAGUAGGUGGCCGCGCAGUCAUGGUGUGGAACGUGGACGACCUGGACUUCCACCUGCCCUCGCACGCCCAGGACAUGCUGGACGGCCUGCGGCGGCUGCGCUCCCAGCCCAAGCUGGCGGACGUCACGCUGCUGGUAGGCGGCCGGGAACUGCCCUGCCACCGGGGGCUCCUGGCGCUGAGCAGCCCCUACUUCCACGCCAUGUUCGCGGGCGACUUCGCCGAGAGCUUCUCGGCGCGCGUGGAGCUGAGGGACAUGGAGCCUGCCGUGGUGGCGCAGCUGGUGGACUUCGUGUACACGGGCCGGCUGACCAUCACCCAGGGCAACGUGGAGGCGCUGACCCGCACCGCCGCGCGCCUCCACUUCCCCGCCGUGCAGAAGGUCUGCGGCCGCUACCUGCAGCAGCAGCUUGACGCCACCAACUGCCUCGGCAUCUGUGAGUUCGGGGAGCAGCAGGGGUUGCUGGGCGUGGCUGCCAAGGCCUGGGCCUUCCUGCGGGAGAACUUCGAGGCCGUGGCACAGGAGGAUGAGUUUCUGCAGCUGUCCCAAGAGCGGCUGGCCACUUGUCUGGCCGGCGACCUGCUGCAGGUGCAGCCGGAGCAGAGCCGGCUGGAGGCCCUGCUGCGCUGGGUGCGCCACGACCCCCAGGCCCGGGCCACCCACCUGCCCCAGCUGCUCGGCCUGGUGCACCUGGACGCCGUGCCCCGGCCCCGCGUGCAGCAGCUGCUGGCCACGGAGCCGCUGAUCCGGGAGUCGGAGGCCUGUCGGGAGGCCCUGUCCCAGGGCCACGAGGGGGCGCUGCUGGGGCUCCCGCAGGAGCUGGAGGAAGUUCUGGUGGUGGUCGGCGGGCGGGCGCUGGAGGACGAGGAGGAGGAAGAGGGCGCCCAGGAGCUGGCCCCCCGCCCCGGGAACUUCGCCUUCUACGACACCAGGGCCAAGAGGUGGAUGGCGCUCCCAGACUUCCCUGACUACCACAAGUGGGGCUUCUCUCUGGCGGCGCUGAACAACGAUGUCUACGUGACAGGGGGCUCUCGGGGCACCAAGACGGACACCUGGUCCACGACGCAGGCCUGGUGCUUCCCGCUGAGGGAGGUAGCCUGGAGGCCUGUGUCGCCCAUGCUGAAGGCCCGCACGAACCACGCCAGCGCGGCGCUCAACGGGGAGAUCUACGCCAUUGGCGGCACCACUCUGGAUGUUGUAGAGGUGGAGAGCUAUGACCCCUACACAGACACCUGGACGCCCAUCAGCCCAGCCCUCAAGUACGUCAGCAACUUCUCGGCGGCCGGCUGCCAGGGCAGGCUCUACCUGGUGGGCUCCAGCGCCUGCAAGUACAACGCCCUGGCUCUGCAGUGCUACAAUCCCGUCACAGACGCGUGGAGCGUGAUUGCCUCGCCCUUCCUCCCCAAGUACUUGUCCUCGCCGCGCUGCGCAGCGCUGCACGGGGCGCUCUACCUGGUGGGGGACAAUACCAAGAAGGUCUACGUGUACGACCCCGGGGCCAACCUGUGGCAGAAGGUGCAGUCCCUGCACAGCCUGCACGAGAACGGGGCGCUGGUGCCGCUGGGGGACGCGCUGUACAUGACGGGCGGCCGCUGGCAGGGCAUGGGCGGCGACUACCACGUGGAGAUGGAGGCCUACGACCCCGGGCGCGACACCUGGACCCGCCACGGCGCCCUGCCCCGCCUCUGGCUCUACCACGGGGCCUCCGCCGUCUUCCUGGACGUCUCCAAGUGGACCCAGCCCUUCGGGCCCACCCAGGAGCCCUAAG